AUCUUUUGAAGUAGGUCAUCUCCUAAGCACAUGAUUUUCAGCAUAGCUGGAUCUUGAAGCAAAUAAAGAAUGAAGAAAGGAUUUUAUUUUACUGGAUGGGAUGUUAAUCAUGAAUCACACAGUCCAGGUGAUUGGAUCUUUGGUGAAAAAUCUCUAAACUGUUCAUUGCUUUCAAAGCAGAGAUGCCCUUAUCUGGAUAAACACAAUAUUGUCAUCUCGCCUCAUUUGUUGAUUCGGACCUCACCGUUGGGUAACAAAUUGGUAGUCCCUUCAGAAGUCCAGAACGUGAAAGAUCAGCAGAUAGUGAAAGGCAUCUCAGUGCAGUCAUCGUGCUGUAAAAAUUCAGUCACUCAAAAUAAGACGCAGCCCCCAAAUACAGGGAAAAUUGGAAGCAGUGAAAAACUGUUCAUCCAUACCAGACGUAUGACUUUCAAAGAAGAUGAUGGCCAAAUCAAAAGGAUCACAUCUUGCAACCCUACAAGAGUAAAGCACCUGAUAACUUUGACACGAGGAAGCUUAUCAGAGCAGCCAUUUGCUCAGCAAGAGAGAACAACAUCUGUGUUUAGGGAAACUGAAAACCCUAUAAGAUUGUACCAGACAGCCUGCUCGGAUUAUAAACUGGAAAUAUUCCAGUCAAUACAUCAGAAACAAAGGUGUUCCACUUCAUGCAAUAAGCCACAAAAUAGUCAGAAAGAAAGGCUCUCGGCAGACAGACUGAUUUUCCAACCAACCUCGACAAGCCCAUUAUCAGAUGGUGAAGCCAACGUAUCAGACUGUAACACAGUUGAAUGUGUUCACAUUGAUCUUCAAAGCAAUGGCACUGAAAUAUUAUGCACUGAAAAUGAUUUGGUCAGUACUCCUGAAAUGCAUAGCCCCGAUGAUUUUAGUCUACCAAGUUCUGAUGAUUGUUUAUCUAUGUGCUGUACGUCUGAAGCAGAAGCAUCAGAACCAGUUGAUCAUCUACAGAAACUGAAGGGAAACAGCCAAACUACGAACUAUUAUAACUUGACGAAAAUUUCACUGAUAAAAGACCAAAGAGAAUCAAACGAUUGCUUAUUGCUCAGGCCUAGUACUGAGAAAGCGAAACCUCAAUCACAGGUAUCAAAUGGCUGGCCUGCAUUUCAUCCAAAGCCCCUGAGAGUUCCGUCCUAUAGCAACAGAAAUGUGAAGGAUGCCAAGAACAAUAAAAUGUGCCAGCCACUUAGAAAACCUCUAGAUGCUGAAAUGCAAGUGACCGAGGGGCAUAUUGCAGUCUGCCAUCUUCUUCAUGUGCUGAAAGAGGGGCUUGGAAACACCUGCGUGCAGAAGAGGGGCGAACAAAGCAAAUGGAAUGUUCCAAAGAUCAAGAAACACCAAGCUAAAACUCUCCCUUCAAGAAGACCAAUCACGUGUCACAACGUCUACAAUCAGGUUAUUGCAAAGUUGUGGUUAACAAAGCGAACAAACACACAGAGAAGUUUGUGAGAUUUUGCAGCGUUUGAUGUUUGACAUCUUCACAGUUUGCUUCUUUACAUUUAUGACUCUGAGAGUAUGGAAUGGACGCGAUGAUUGGCUUACACGUUGUCUUUGCAACAUGAAAAAGAAACAUUUUGGAUUUACAUAUACAGCAGGGGUGUCGAACUCCCGGCCUGGAGG